AUGUCAUCUACAAAUAUCAAUUCAACAUUAAAUUUUACGUCUUCAACUGUAACUUCACCACCUUUACCCAGUGUCUUCGAAUUACUUGCACAGGAGCGUUUGACUGAAUUAGUACGCCCUUGUCUUCGACAGGUUCUUAAGUUUUUACAUGAAAUUCGCCCAGUAUCUAAUUUACUUCGGAUGCUUUAUAAAUAUAAAGAUGAAUUUAUAUUGAUUAUUGAGAGUAUCAUUCAAUGGCUUUAUCUAAAUUCUUAUUCAGCAUUAAUCGGUGAACAUUUUUAUGGAUUGAGAAGAACAGCUAACAAUCGAUUACGUUCACUCAUUCUUUCUGUAUUCUUACCAUAUGUUAAACUCAAACUUGAUUUAUUACAUGAACAAAUGUCUACGAAUAGGAAUAAUCGUAAUGCUGCAUUUUAUAUGAUGCUUCAAAUUUUACCUAAAAUACAAGUUUUUAUCGAAGGUGUUUGUUGGUUAUAUCGAUUAAGUUACGCUUUCGGUCGUAUUGAAUAUUAUAGUCCAGCCCUUCAAUUAGCCGGUGUUAAACUAACCUAUGCCAAAGAUCCAUCACCAGUCAUACCACCUUCAACUUCUUCCAGUCGCUUUUUUUCCGUUGUCAGUCAAGUUAUAUCUAGUGGUUUAUUUCUUGUUCAAUUUGUUGAAUGGUGGAAUAAUACAAAUGGCGGAAAACAAAACUCAACCAGUGCAACUGUUUGUCCACCAUUACCAACUACUGUUCGAACACCGUCGGCAAUUGGUAAACGCCAAUGUCCUCUAUGUCGACAGCCAUGUAAUAUACCAACAGCACUGCUCGGUUCAGGUUUUGUUUAUUGUCAUAAAUGUAUCACUGAGUACGUUAAUCGUUAUCAUCGAUGUCCAACAACACAUCAACCAGUAACAAUCGAUCAGUUGAUUAAAAUUUAUUAA